UCGGCCGGCGAGGCGGAGCGAGCGGGGCAUGAGCCAGUCGGCCGGCGGCGACGGCGGCCACGGCGACUCGUCUCUCUCGCCCGGCGCUCCCCGCCGCCAUGUCCGUCACCAUCGAGCGGGAGUUUGAGGAGGUGGACGCCGCCAACCGGUGGCACCCCGUGUACUUGGAGAUUCGGAAUCAGUCCCAUGACUAUCCUCACAGAGUGGCAAAAUCUCUAGAAAACAGAAAUCGAAACAGAUACAGAGAUGUCAGUCCAUAUGACCAUAGUCGUGUUAAACUGCAAAAUACAGAAAAUGAUUAUAUCAAUGCCAGCUUCGUUGUCAUAGAAGAGGCACAGAGAAACUACAUCUUAACACAGGGCCCACUUCCCAAUACAUGUUGUCAUUUUUGGCUAAUGGUUUGGCAACAAAAAACCAGAGCAGUUGUGAUGCUAAACCGAAUUGUUGAAAAAGAAUCGAUAAAAUGUGAACAAUACUGGCCAACGAAAGAAGACCAAGUGAUGCUGUUUAAAGAAACGGGAUUCUGUGUGAGACUUGUAUCAGAAGAUGUCAAAUCCUAUUAUACAGUACAUCUACUACAGUUAGAGAAUAUCAGUAGCGGUGAGACUAGGACAAUAUCACACUUCCAUUAUACUACGUGGCCAGAUUUUGGAGUUCCCGAAUCACCAGCGUCGUUCCUUAACUUCUUGUUUAAAGUGAGAGAGUCUGGCUCUUUGAAUGCUGAACAUGGACCGGCAGUUAUUCAUUGUAGUGCAGGAAUUGGGCGAUCUGGGACAUUUUCAUUGGUGGACACAUGUCUUGUUCUGAUGGAAAAAAGAGAAGAUCCUUUUUCAGUUAACAUUAAGCAAGUAUUAUUGAAUAUGAGAAAAUAUCGAAUGGGACUUAUUCAGACUCCAGAUCAGCUAAGAUUCUCAUAUAUGGCUGUGAUAGAAGGAGCAAAGUUUAUAAUGGGGGAUUCAACUAUACAGAAACGGUGGAAAGAGCUUUCUAAAGAAGACCAGGCCCCUAGUAAUGAACUCUCUCCACCCCGUGGAAACAGAAUCAUUACUGACAAGUUCAACGGGAAUAGGGUGGGUUUAGAAGAAGAGGAAGCAGCGGGUGACAGAAUGACUAAGACGGAAAUCUCCAGUAAAACGCACGAUUCUGUGGAAGGAAACACUGAAAGCGCUGUCCGGAAGCGGCUGCGGGAAGACAGAAAAGCUAAUACGGCACAGAAGGUGCAACAGAUGAAACAGAGGCUAAGUGAGACUGAAAGAAAAAGAAAAAGGUGGUUAUAUUGGAAACCUAUUCUCACUAAGCUGGGGUUCGGGACAGUCAUUUUGGUUGGAGCUUAUGCUUGCUGGAAACUGUAUUUUCAGGAACAUUCCUUGUAAGUAAACACUUGAUUUGCCCAGCGAGCCUCUCCGCUCCCGUAGCUGGUCUGGCUUCCGUUAAUCAUUAGGGUUCGGCUUCGAGGAGCGGGAUCCUUAUAUCAGAAAGUGGUGCGACCGAUGAGUGGUGUAAAAUGGUCACAGGUCAACCUCUCAGGACUCUUCACUGCAGGUACUUCUGAAACCAAACUGUAAACUGUAGAGCUGUUAAUGUUGGCUAGAACCAGGUACAAGCUUUCUGCAACUAGACGUUUCAAAAGCCAGAGUUCACCCGAUCCCGUAGAGAAAAACCCUCAGUCGCCAGGAUUCGUCUCCGGUGUCUGGAUGGGUUUUAAUUCACACGACUGAUAUAAGCAAUAAAUACUGUGGAAUUAUUAUUAUUAUUUACAUUACUAUUAUUCAUGCAGAGAACCAGUCCAUAACUUUGUGCAAAUUGUGUAAUGUACUCUUGACGUGGACAGCAACAUUUUAUAUUCUGAUGUUAGGGUGAAAACAUUUUAUAACUGCCUAUUUAAUCCAACUCUUUUGUAGUUAAACUGUACUUUUGAAACGCCUGCUUUGAACAGAUCUGUUACCCACAACAGUAUUUGAUUUUGGAGCUAAAAAUUCUAAUUUGUAUGGUUGAAUAAAUUGCCCACUGAACAAGAGUUUAAGUAUGAGCGGACAGAGGCCUGAAUAAGCAACUUGAACUCCAUCUUGCAGUCUUGUUUUGCAUUUUCUCCCUUUAAACAACAACAACAACAAAAAAAAACAACUGAAGGAAAUAGCUGCUUUGGGGAACAUUGUUAGGCAGGUCUGGACUUAAAUAUAAGGCUCUGUGACUGUUGCUUUCUGUUUUCUCAAGAAUUUCAGUGACAUUUUCCUGUGCUAUUGAGCAGUGAAGUUCACUAAAAGACCAGUAUAUCACCCCAAGCUGAGGGAGAGUCAAAGAAGCAGCAUUCAGCUUCUCUACAGUGUUGUUGAGAUUUUCGUCCUGACAGUGUCCCUUUAAAUGUGAUCGUUGAAAACGGCCCCCAAAAGCACAUUGUUUAAUGGAAACUGUCUUGAGACUUAGCUAUCACUUAAGUGCUAACUUUGUUAAAGUUCAAACAUUCCAUUAAAUGUUUACCAUGAUGCCUGUAUUUUGUCAACUCUAAGUUUAUGCCACAAAUAUUUAAGGUCUACCCACCGGGAGCGUAGUUAGUAUAGACAAGAAUCUCAAAGUGUUUUUGGUUAACAUUCCUAAAUAAAGUGCUUUAAAUUACACUGAAAGUAUUUAA